UUUAGUGGUCAUAGUUGAAAAGGUCACGCCCAUUUUGUCCAUUGUUAACCACUCAACGUAGGACCUCUGGGCAGUGCCGUGACGUCACAACACCGCAUGCAACACCAAGGGCACGGUAUACGUUUUCCGUGAGAAAAUCUAUACCGGGGAUACAGAGUAUCUUAAGUGAUCUUAUUGAGCACGAAAUUACACGGAGUACUUUAAAACAUUUUCAGCGACAGAUUGAUGGGUCUAAAAUUACAGUCGUGUGUACCCAAUCGUGUUGGACCGAACACGGGGGUUGGCGUACAAUUGUAACUUCUCUCACUGGCAUAACGAAAAAUACAUCGGGAUGACUAAACCGGAGUGAAAACUAACAUACCACAGUAAAUCUGUCUAAACUAUUCCCUUUUGGGAUUUCCUAAUACUUCAGGAAUUAAUAUAUUUUAAGCUACAAAGAUGUUUUGAAAGCCUCGACCUUUAACGGUGUACUAAAUAACUGGAGGUGGCAGUCAGCCGCUAGCCCAUAACGGCGUGGUGAGUGUUAAAACAAGCACAAGCGGAAGCGCUGGAUAAAAGGAAUUAGCGUGCGGCAAUAUAUGUGAUGGAGAUUGCUUGUAAUUCUGAGGAAAUUGCUGUUUAUAGACCAGGGUGCACGUGGGUUUCACAUAUCUACACGUAAGAUAAUAUCACCUGGUCUAGUUUCACUGUCAAGACAGCUCUUGACAAACUUGUGUCAAACCGCCCGAAGUACCUUGAUCAUGUCUCUAGAUUGAAGCUCCUUUUACGGGCCAUCUGAUGUCGCCGGGCGCCCCAAAUACAAUUGAAUGAUACUGCGUAGUGUUUCAGUCUGAACACUGACACACGGAUAUCAAAUUAGGUUUUACAACACACACUUAAUACACCCGUUGUGGAGGCGCCCGACUCCCCUCAGCGAUUAUUGAUCAUACAGCGUUGUUACACAGACCGAGGUAGCGAUACUCAAAAACAUUUCUCACCCGAGAUGUGUAUUUACACUGCGUAGUCUCAUGUGAUCAAUGCUGUUAUACGAUUUUAAAGGUCUCGAACCUGAAUAUGCAAAACGCAGGCAAUAUAAUGGAGGGGACUUCUCGGGAUUUCAAUAGAACUUUACAUCAGGUUUGACGAACUCAAUACGUGUGUUUUAGAAUCAACAUACACAUCUAUAUAGCUCGUGCUGAAAUACGAAAAAAAAAAAAAUCUGAAGGGAUAUGUGUACACGAACACAGUAUGCCAAAUAUGAGAUGAGACUAUUGAAAUCUUACUCUUUAAAUAUAAAUAGGCUGGGAAGAAGUUGGUAACAUGAAUGAAGUGUUGGACUGUAUGAUUCACUGUGUACUGGAAUAUUGAUCUGGGCACGUAAAUGGUGUGUAUCUGAGAAAACCGAUCGCUACUACCACUAUGUUGACAUCCCCACCACAGACCGUACAAUCCACGGACACAGCAAUGGACCCGGAGUCCGUGCUCCAGGGAGCCAUGUCCGGAAACCUCCCGAUUAUAUGGAGUGACCAACCACAGACAAUGAAAGAUAUCCUCGAAGAGACAAGUCUUCCAACAGUGGUCAAAGUUUGGCAGGAGAACCGUCUGUUGGCUAGUCUGGAGGGCGCUAACGAUAUCCACAAACCCCUUGUAGUGUACAAAGAGAUGAGAGGAAGGAAAGUCUACGCCAAAAAUGUCACGUCGGUCGAUGUCCUGGCAGGUGCCCCUUGUAAGGACAAGACACCUAUCGUUGUUAUACCUGUCAGUUAUAAAGGUUGGUUUCGAUUGAUAGAUGACCUCGAAAUGCCCAUGAAAACGGUGGCAAGUGUCGCUAGAGUUAUGCCGGUCCGGAUGCUGUCUGCCAAGCUUGUACCCGGCUUUGUGUUGAAGGAGCCUCCAUGUGAAAGUGAACCGGAAGGGCUUUACCAGAGGGUAGAGGUGCAGCCAGGAGUUCUUCGGGUUGUCAACAUCCAUGAAGACUUCAUACGCUACAAUAAUUACCGCAAGGUAACACGCCGGAAGUUACUGCGCUGUUUACGUUGCUUCAUGGACGACAACACGGAGGUUUUACUUCCAUUUGAUGCGGAAGGAUUAUUCUAUAUGAUAGAAGCGCGAAAAGCAACAUCUAAACACAUUAAUGUUGAUGACAUUGCGUACGUGCACAGUAUCAAUGAUUUGUUAUCAGCGGGACUUGCUAAAGGUGUAUUUAUCAAACUUCUACACGGCCGACCGCCUACCAAACCCUGCAGUUUCACUUCUGUCCUACAGACACAUGAUGUCAUAAAGGAUCAUACUAUUGUGGCGUGUACGAUGGACGAGAAGAAAAGUCUACUCGAACUUCCGGUUGCAAAUGUUCCUCUUUUUGUGAAAGCUUUGAAUACAACGGAUUUAUGCAUGAAUGGCUUGUACGCCGAAACAUUAUCACAUCUGCAGAAAAUGGCGGAAAACUACACGACUGAAAUGAAAGUUAGAUAUCACUACAGCGUUGAAACGUCGUCAGAAACAGAGAGAAGUAAAGGGAAUGCCUGAGGGUUCAAUGAUGACGCACAUCAAGUGUAAUUAUACUGAUCCCGUUAUAUAGCACGUGAUCGAUAGGACGGAAAAUCGUUUGUUAAACUCGCCUGGUAUUCUGUACAUUUAAUUGUCGAGAAUCCCCAAACUCAAACGAUGUUUGCUCCGAAUUAACAUUAACCCAAUUUAUUCAACGAAUGUUUUAUUUUAUGUUGUAGUUAUGAGUCAAUGUGUUCAGUAUUAAAGGCACGUUAAAAACCAA